GGGCGAGCUCAGUCGCCCGCCAGAAUGACUGGGAAAGCCGUAACCAAGUGCUGCCUCGUCUUGCUGACGAUUGUCGCUGCUACCGAUGCCUUCUGCUAUCGCAAGAGCGUACCCAAAAAUCAGGAAAACGCCGAGGUUUUAGGUCUUACUCUAGUGGGCAAUUACUCAAUUUGGGUGUGCGUCCAGUCGCCGGACAUCGCUGCCGAUUUGGAGAGAGCGCCAAAGAUCAACACUACGCAGAUUUGGUUCUCCAUGUCAAAAGUUGAGAAGCUCAAGAGCGAGGCGUUCGCCAAGUUUGCCGAGAAGCUCAUCAAGAUUGAGAUUUGGGACAGUAAGCUUGCGGAAAUUGAGGAUGGAGCGCUUAAAGGAUUGAAGGAGUUGAAGGGUCUUGUUUUACCGAGAAACGAACUCACAACCGUGAAAGCUGCGUGGUUCAAGGACACGGUGAACUUAUUAGAGCUCAACUUGAUGUACAAUCGCAUCCAGAGCUUGGAAUUCGAGUUCUUGAAGCUCGUCCCGGCACUUAUCAACUUAGAUCUUCGUGGCAAUGAACUCAUCGCUCUUCCUACGGACUUCAUCAGGCAACUGCCAGUAUCCCUUCGCCGUUUAAAUAUCUAUAGCAAUCCGCUCAACUAUCGCCAGAUGAUUGAAGUGAUGGAAUGGAGCAAGGCUAAGGAUGACAAGACGAACGAUACGAAGCUUAAGGAGCUGAAGCACGUUUUUAAUAUAACAAAGAUCUGUCUCGAAGAUAAAACAAUCUUGGACAAGAAUACCGAGGCCAUCAACAAAUGCGUCGAAGAUAAGAUGAACAACGAAAUCGCCUUCAUCUCUGGAAAUAAGACCGCAGUUAAAGUUUAAAUAUCUUGUGCAAUUGGUUUUACGAAUAAAUCCAGCUGGUUGUAGUUUAUCUGCACCUGUCGAGAGACUUAAUUGUUUUAUUUUUGAAUACUGUU